CCUAGGAGAGCGACUAAACCAAAGGAAGCAACCUCUCUGUAGGACUCCUUCCUGAAGCCAGAGUCAACCACAGUGAGGGAGAGCUGCUCCAUGAAACACACACACACAGAGCAGGGCGACGUUGCAACCGCCCCCUCUCAACCUGCAAUAUCAAGGACAAACCGACAAUGCUGUUAUGCUUAAUACAUGCAUCGUUUGCUUCCAGCCAAGUCACAAAUGCUGGGACAGGAAAUUAAGUACAGCAGAUGGACUCGUGAUGUACGCUGGAAAGCGGUAACCGAGCUAAAAAUGUUUGAAGGGUAAUGAUGUGGUGGCAAAGACCCUCAGCCAACGUGAUCUAACAACACAUGCAGCAUGAAAGGCAUACGCUACUACACUCAUUUGAGCUAUAUAACUGAAUAGGACGCGUCUUUCUCUGAAGAUCAAUUGAAAUGGUGCUUCAGCGUUUUCUUACAGUUCUACAUGUGACCUCCUAAAAUAGAAACGCGAGGACUGCGUAUUGUGAAAUUAUUUGCACUUGAGGAAAUAAACUGCAAAACUGCUAAACACAACUACAUUAAAAGGAACACAAAAGUGAACUACUUGCAGUUACAUUUUUUCCAACAUGAAUUUUCUCUUGCUAGCAAUCUUAUUUUCGAUUUCAUUUGCCCGGGCUGGAUGUGACCCGAAGAUUAUCAACAUAGGGGCUGUUCUUAGCACAAAGAAAUAUGAACAGAUUUUUAGAGACGCUGUAAACCAAGCCAAUAAAAUGCAGGGCGCUUGGAAGAUUCAACUGAAUGCGACUUCUGUCACCCACAAGCCUAAUGCCAUUCAAAUGGCUCUGUCCGUGUGCGAGGACCUGAUCUCCAGCCAGGUCUAUGCAAUUUUAGUUAGUCAUCCUCCUGCUCCAAAUGAUCACCUGACUCCAACACCUGUCUCAUAUACUGCUGGUUUCUACAGGAUACCUGUCAUUGGAUUAACCACACGCAUGUCAAUAUACUCAGACAAGAGUAUCCACCUGUCAUUUUUGCGCACUGUGCCACCAUAUUCCCAUCAGGCCCUUGUCUGGUUUGAGAUGAUGCGAAUUUUUAAUUGGAACCACAUCAUCCUGAUUGUUAGUGAUGACCAUGAAGGACGUGCUGCUCAGAAGAAGUUGGAGACCCUCUUAGAAGAAAAGGAAAGCAAGAGUAAAAAAAGGAACUAUGAAAACCUCGACCAACUUUCCUAUGACAACAAGCGAGGACCCAAGGCUGAAAAGGUUCUGCAGUUUCAUCCAGGAACCAAAAAUAUGACUUCACUACUACUAGAAGCUAAAGAACUAGAGGCACGAGUCAUCAUUCUCUCAGCCAGUGAGGAUGACGCAGCCAGUGUCUACAGAGCAGCAACACUGCUAAAUAUGACAGGACCGGGUUAUGUCUGGCUCGUAGGAGAACGGGAGAUAUCUGGAAAUGCCCUGCGAUAUGCACCUGAUGGAGUAAUUGGUUUACAACUAAUAAAUGGGAAAAAUGAGACUGCCCACAUACGAGAUUCGGUUGCGGUGGUGGCUCAGUCAGUACACGAAUUGUUUGAAAAGGAAAAUAUCACAGAUCCACCAAAAGGAUGUGUUGGGAACACCAACAUCUGGAAGACAGGACCUCUUUUUAAAAGGGUGCUGAUGUCUACCAAGUUUCCAGAAGGAGUGACAGGCCGUAUAGAGUUUAAUGAAGAAGGAGACAGGAAGUUUGCUAAUUAUAGCAUAAUGAACCUGCAAAACCGCAAACUAGUUCAAGUCGGAGUUUUCAAUGGCACCAACGUCUUACUGCAUUCUGACAGAAAAAUAAUUUGGCCUGGUGGAGAGACAAACAAGCCUACAGGUUAUCAGAUGUCUACUAGAUUAAAGAUUGCCACAAUUUAUCAAGAACCGUUUGUCUAUGUGAAGCCAACACUUCCAGACGGCACUUGUAAGGAGGAACUUAACGUCAAUGGCGGGCCUAUCCAAAAAGUGAUUUGUGCUGGUCCUAACGAAACAAUACCAGGACGGCCCAAUGUCCAUCAAUGCUGCUUUGGAUUCUGCAUUGACUUGUUAAUCAAACUUGCAAAAACACUGAAUUUUACUUAUGAGGUUCACCUAGUCGCUGAUGGAAAGUUUGGCACUCAGGAACGGGUAAACAACAGCAAUAAAAAAGAGUGGAAUGGAAUGAUGGGGGAACUCCUGAGUGGUCUGGCCGAUAUGAUUGUAGCUCCUCUUACAAUUAAUAAUGAGCGUGCACAAUAUAUUGAAUUCUCAAAACCGUUCAAGUACCAAGGACUUAACAUUCUGGUUAAAAAGGAAAUCCCUCGCAGUACACUGGAUUCAUUCAUGCAACCAUUUCAGAGCACCCUUUGGCUAUUGGUGGGACUUUCGGUUCAUGUUGUCGCAGUAAUGUUAUAUCUUUUAGAUCGUUUCAGUCCGUUUGGCCGGUUUAAAGUAAACAGUGAAGAAGAAGAGGAAGAUGCCUUGACACUUUCAUCAGCCAUGUGGUUCUCCUGGGGUGUCCUGCUGAACUCUGGGAUUGGAGAAGGUGCUCCACGCAGUUUCUCUGCUCGAAUUCUUGGAAUGGUGUGGGCUGGUUUUGCUAUGAUUAUUGUUGCCUCAUACACUGCCAACCUGGCUGCUUUCCUGGUGUUGGACAGGCCAGAAGAAAGAAUAACAGGGAUCAAUGAUCCUCGGCUGCGAAACCCUUCAGAUAAAUUUAUUUAUGCAACAGUGAAGCAAAGUUCAGUGGACAUUUACUUCAGACGGCAGGUAGAACUAAGCACAAUGUACCGACACAUGGAAAAACACAAUUAUGAAACUGCAGCUGAAGCCAUUCAAGCAGUGAGAGAUGGUAAGCUCCAUGCAUUCAUUUGGGACUCAGCUGUACUAGAGUUUGAAGCAUCCCAAAAGUGUGAUUUGGUGACAACUGGUGAACUGUUUUUCCGCUCUGGCUUUGGAAUUGGAAUGCGCAAAGACAGUCCAUGGAAGCAGAAUGUUUCACUAGCGAUUCUCAGCUCUCAUGAGAACGGUUUCAUGGAAGAUUUGGAUAAAACCUGGGUGAGGUAUCAGGAGUGUGAUUCCCGCAGCAAUGCUCCAGCUACUCUGACCUUUGAGAACAUGGCAGGUGUCUUCAUGUUAGUAGCAGGAGGUAUUAUGGCUGGAAUCUUUUUAAUAUUCAUUGAAAUAGCCUACAAAAGACAUAAGGAUGCUCGGAGGAAGCAAAUGCAACUGGCUUUUGCAGCUGUCAAUGUCUGGAGAAAAAAUUUGCAGGAUAGAAAAGUUGGUAGCGCAGAGCCUGACCCUAAAAAGAAAGCUUCCUUUAGGUCCAUCACCUCUACCCUCGCCUCCAGCUUCAAGAGACGUAGGUCAUCCAAAGACACGCCAUAUCCUCCAACAGAUUUAGCCGGACAGCUCAACUUAUCAGACCCCUCUGUUAGCACGGUGGUGUGAGAAUGUGGAAUGCAACAAGUGUCCAACCAUGAACUUGACCUUGAAGUGACUACAGUGAAUAAUAAAUUUGGUGCAAGGCAGGACUGAGUUUGUUCAAGAGAAACAGACUCAAACUUCACCGUAAAUCUUCAUUUUUUGCACCAUACCAGUGCUCUGUGGUUCGCAGCACUGCCAAGGGAAAAGUAUAGCACCCACUUUGAUACACAUUUUAAAUCUGCUGGUGCACAAAGGAAGAAGUACUGCAAGCUCAGUCCUAAUGUGACAAAGUUAAUUAACUUUGAACAUUUAUCACUAGAGUUGGCAUAACUUAAUUCAAACAUCUCCCUGACAACUUUUUUAAACCCCCUUGUAAGCUGUUUGAUUACCUGAAGCUGUUGGGGCUGGCAUGUUUAAAGAUCAGGAAAACUAUCAUGUUUUUACUUUAUACAAUCAGUUUUUACAUAUAGGUGUUAUUUUCAGUGUUUUGCAGUACAUAUAUUUAAAACCUAUCCUUGUAAAGUAUAGCAAUUAUGUUUGCACUAUUUAUGAAAUGCAUGAUGUUUUUACAUUAUGUCAUAAAAUUAUCAAAAGAUAUUUUGUCAAUUUUUUUUUUUGUUAAAAUGAUAUCUCAGCAACAUAAUGUUUGUUUGAAUUCUAUAUCUGGAUAAAGAUACUGAAACAUUAAGGCAAGACCAGAAUAUGUGUUAUAGUUAGUGACUCCAAACCAAGAAAAAUAAUGAGACAAAAUGUUGGGUCAAAUGUCUCAUAUUUGUGGUUAGAAUAGCUAAAAUAACUCUUAUCAUGGAGUGCCUUAAUGAUAAAAAAUAAAUAAAAUGAUUUAAUCUUUUUUUUUCAGGUAAUGCUUGUAUAGAUUAAUCCCACAUUUAACUCCUAGUUUCCAGAAUUUAACACCCCCUUUACAUGCAUGGCAUCACAAAACUGAAUGCUCUAUUUCCAGCAGUUGUUUUAUAAAGAUUUUUAAUAUAUAUGACUUGUUAUGUGAUGUCUAGUAUCUCAGCCUGGUAACUGAAAAGGAGCUUUAUAAAAUCCUCCAGAAUAUUUUAAAACACA